AUGUCCGCAGUGAAGCACAACAUGUCCCUUUCUAUGAUACUCAGUCCAUCACAAGAUCAAGAGCCCAGCCAACAAGAUAUACGGCGGCGAUCCGCAUGCGAGGAAUGUCGCACCAAAAAGCUCAAGUGCUCCGGCACGCAGCCUGCAUGCACGCGAUGCGUCCGCGAAGGCAUAACAUGUUUCUACUCGCCGCAGAAGACCAUGGGUCGGCCGAAGAAGCGAGAGAGGAGCGAGGAGCGGUCUCAGUCUGACGAGCCCACGAGGCGAAGGAAGAGUGGGCCGAGCCCUCGCACGAACGCAGGAGACGGUACCGUAGUGCAACCACCUGAGCAACAGCAAAUGCCAGAUAAAAGCCCAGCACAAAAUGCCAGCCCUGCCUACGAUAUGGGCUCAUACGCUUCUGCCUUCACAUCAGACGGUAAUCUCCAACCCUGGGUGCAACAAAGCUUCCCCGGAGAAGUCGCUACAUCAUGGAAUUCACCCAGCUCUGCCGUACCCACUCUGACACCCGACAACGACUCGCUUUCCUCUCCAAGCGCAGGAGCAUCAUUCCCACCAGCCGAUGCCCUCGCCUCUACGUCCUUUCAACUAGACCCAACCCUUUCAGAUCCACCCAACAAGACCCUCACGAUACCAAGCUGCGCCUGUCUCUCCACCAUCUAUCUAACACUCUCCACCAUCAACAACAUGAAAACGGCCGCAGAUUUCGCUUUCCCAGCCGCACUGCAUCCCCUCCGCCAAGCCAUGUCAACUGCGGAAACGGUCUUGGCCUGCGAGGAAUGUCCCAAAAGUUUCAGCACGGGCCUGCAAAACACCACCAUGCUAGGCACACUUUUCCUCAGUAUUGCAGAGCGCUUCUCCAAAGUUCUCGAGCAAAUAGAGCUAGAAGCCGCGCGAGCAGAGAAAGAAGGUGAGCGGAAACGCUUCCGUGUGACGGAUCUGAAUGGUGAGAAUGGAGGGCAUUUGCACAUGGGGGAUGCGGAAUGCUUGGCAGCUUUCAGUCUUAAUUUGAGUCCCAAAGAGUGGAGGGUACUGAGCAAGAAAGUUGUGCGGACCGAGGUGUUGGGUCCCGAAGAUGGACAAGGUGAGCGAUCGGGGAGUGAAGCGCAUUCGCACGGCGUGUAUUUCCUGGCUCUAGCGAAACAGAUGGAAGACCGACAGAAUCGAUGGCAUGAGAUGCCUUUGCCAGAAGAUUUCCCUAAAGGAUGGCAGGGUAUGUGGCGGCCUGAAAAUGGACAAGGGCAUGAGGACAAGGCGCAGCAUCACUGCUUGAAGAUUGUGGGCUCUUCAAAGACUUUGGUUGGGAAGUUUGAUUGGAGUUGA